GUUCGAGACCUUGGCUUUCGCUUUAAUCCUUUUAAAGAAUAUCUCCUAUAAAUCAUAAAAUUAAUGAACAACUUAUAUUAUUAAGAAUUUGAUGAUAUAAUUGCUCAUGGCUUUAUCAGAGACAGGCGUUAUAUCGUGUUAGGAAAUACUUAAAGUACUGGAUGUUGCGAGCUGGUGCGGGGAGGACCAGGAGGACCCUCAGAGUUCUGUGUAAUAUGAGUCAAACUAGUAAAUAUUUCACAAGUAUAUCACCUAGAAGGACUCGUUCAAAAGUUCAAGGUGAGCCAUUAUCCUCACACACCACCACACUAACAAAGAGGCUUCUUAAGAGAAAAAGAGUCCACAUCAAGUAUGAAGAACAACAUGGGGUAAAGCAGCCAUCAUCACAACACAAAAAUGUUGACCUCAGUGGAUCACACUCCGAGGUAGAGAACCACAAGUGUGUAGGAGACCAGACUGGUGAUGGAGUCUGCAACAACCCUAAAGGAAAUAAGACAACCAAUGUAGAAGAUAAAGUGAAGCCUGUGAGGCCAGGACAGCCUGGCUGGGAGCCGCCACACUGGCAACUGGUCCUGGACAACAUCCGCCAGAUGAGAGCUGCUCGAGAUGCUCCAGUUGACUCGAUGGGAGCUGAGAAAUGCAUGGACAAAGAAUCUGAACCUCAGGUGUACAGAUUCCAGGUGCUUAUUUCUUUGAUGUUGAGUAGCCAGACCAAGGAUCAGGUGACUCACGCUGCCAUGACCAAGUUGCGUGCUCAUGGACUCACCGUUGACAACAUUCUGGCGACUGAUGAUCACACACUUGGUCAACUUAUCUAUCCUGUGGGUUUCUGGAAGAAAAAAGUUGUUUAUAUCCGGAAAACUUGUGAAAUACUGAAGAGAGAUUAUGGCGGAGACAUACCACCGACACUCGAGUUGUUGUGUAAACUUCCUGGUGUGGGGCCAAAGAUGGCUCACCUCUGUAUGGAUAUAUGGGGAAAAUUAACAGGAAUUGGUGUAGACACACUACAUCGCAUCAGCAACCGAUUGGGCUGGUCUGGUCGUGCCACCAAAACACCAGAGGAGACCCGGGUUGCUUUGGAAUCCUGGAUGCCUGAAGAUAUCUGGAGUGACACCAACUUACUGUUGGUAGGGUUUGGCCAACAGACAUGUUUACCUGUAGGUCCUAAGUGCAGCCAGUGUCUCAAUGUGACACUCUGUCCAUUUGGGAGGAAUCCUGCCAAUAGAUCUCUCAAAAACGUUCUCCCUCAAAGUCUUCAAGAAGAAGAUAGUGUAAUUAAUUCCUAGAAUAUUUUUAAUUACUCUGUUUUAUUCUUAAUCUAUAUGGUGUUAACUCUGACUUCUGUGUUAUAGUUGAUGCCAGAAAGCCUUUGAAUUGUCCCUUAAAAUGCUCCAUGUUUGCACCUAUUAUAGUAUCUAAUUUUAUACUUGAAAUAUAUUAAUUUUGUUUUAUAAAUUUUUUGCAUA